GCUCCUGCAAGAGUCGAGUUGUUUCACUUCUCACGCGACUCGCUUUCGAGACACAUCGGCUCUUUUGUCACAAGAUAAAAUAAAUUUUUGGCUAAGAAAUAAAUAAAAAUAAAAUAUAAUAUCGGUACUUUCUCCGUCAAUAAUGCGUCUCCAGAAAAGUUUAUAAAAAAACCCGCGCGAGUGCUGUGAAUCCCCGAAUUUCAAGUGCAAAGAAAUAAUUAAUUAAUAAAAAAAAAUUAAGGAUUUUUUAAUUUUUGAAAAUAAUGCCAAGAUUAAUUAUUUUGGUGGUUGUUAUCAGCAUCGUCACACUUGAGGUAGCUGAAGGAAGACCGCGAAUCCGUCAUCACCGUGGGGAUGCAAGAUGCAACCGGUGCGGUCCAGGUUGGGGAGUAACAAAGCCUUGCACCUCGGACCGAGAUACCGAGUGCAGCAAAUGCAAGCCUGGUACCUACAGCCCUCACCACAACCUCCAGUCCUGCUGGAUCUGCUCGCGAUGCGGCCCUGGCCUCUACGAAGCUCACCGUUGCACUUCUAAAACAGACACUGUCUGUGACUCUUGCUACCGUCACGCCCCUGAGAAUCCUGACUACCACAAGAAAUGCUCUGAACACAAGAACCUCUUCCUGGCUCCUGAAGACGCAAUCAACACCGGGGAACAGAGCUCUCUGGUGAACCAAGAAGACGAUGGUGAAGAUCAGAAGAUGCGUGCGGCUAUUUUGGCGGAUGACGUCAAGGCCGAGUUUUUCAUAAAUUAAUUUAUUUAAAAAUUUUAAAAAACAAAACUAGUCACUGAAAGACGAUUUUCUACUUGUAUAUACAUAUUACAUAUAAUUAUAUAUAUAGAUAUAGAUAUUUAUAUUUAUUUU